AUGUUAAAUAUUAGACCAUGUUGGAAACAAGCGAUUCAAAACCUGCGUCAUAUACGUUACUAUAAUUCAACACUUGAUCAACUUGUGGAGGAAUGGCAAACGAGGACUAAACAACUGAUCAUUACAACCCACGACAUUAUCACAGGUUCACGUCUAAAUCUACUUGCCAAUACACUGCCCACAGCUCAUGUCGGCUACAGCAGCUCUGAGUGGCCCAAGCACGGCACAGUGCUUCCACCUGGUUGGCAUCAUGUAUACUUUCCACCUCGAACGCAGGAAAAGGACCUUGCCGCGGACGGAUAUGAACGCGAAUUCUUUCCUCCAAAACCGUUUUCUCAACGGAUGUGGGCAGGCGCAUCGUUCCAAUGGGAGACUAAGAAUCCGCUCAAGGUCGGAGAUGAGAUUACUAUGAGAACCUAUCUUGAUCGAGCUGAGGUCAGAGUGGGUCGCCUAGGACAGUCGGCAAUGGUCUGGAUCAAUAAGGAUAUCGACAAUCAGCUUGGAUUUUCCAUGCGAGAACAACGAUGUCUUGUCUAUCAUCCAGAACAACAGAUUCAUGCCAGUCGAGCGGGCAUCACCACCAACAAGAAACCUGACUUUGCCAUGUCGAUCAUGCCUACAUCGAUCCUCUUGUUUCGAUACUCAGCAUUGACAUUCAACUCACAUAAAAUCCACUUUGAUCAUGAAUAUGCUACAUCCGUAGAAAAGCAUCCAGCAUGCCUCGUACAUGGUCCUCUCAGUGGCACACUUUUGCUAGAUCUACUUCGACAACAAACAACCAAAGAACUACAGUCAUUUGAAUAUAAAUGUUUAGCGCCUUUAUAUGUUAAUAGGGAAAUGCAGUUAUGUGGAAGAAAAGUGUCGAAUCGGUAUGAACUUUGGAUAAUGAAUGAUGCAGGAUACAUGGCUGUAAAGGGUUCAGCAACGUUAGUGUGA